UUUUUAGGAUCUUGAAACGGCUUACAUGCCAAGCUGUUGGAGCAAAAGAUACGAAUCCACAGAAUUACUGGAAAAAUAUUUUAAAUUGGCGGAAGAUACCACAAAAGAAGUUCGCAAUUCAACCGAGCAUGAACUGAAUAUUUCCUACGGAUCUUCCGAGCGAACAAAAUAUGAUAUUUACGGAACCAAUCUUCCAAAAAAUGCUCCAAUCUUUUUAUUUAUUCAUGGGGGAUAUUGGAAAGAAUUUUCAAAGGAUUUGUCAGGACUCGUUGUACCCAAUUUAAUUGCUCACGGAAUUAAGGUUGUAGUUGGCGGUUACGACUUGUGUCCCAAUGUUCGGCUGACAGAAAUAAUUAAUCAAAUAAAGCUGCUUACUGAAAAAAUUUUGACUAUGGCACGUCUUUCGGGAUCCCAGUGCGUAUGGAUUGGCGGUCACAGUGCCGGAGCUCAUCUCGCAGCGGCUCUCAUUCACGAUCAGAAUUGGCUCGAUCUUAUUGCGAGCCACGGUCUUCUAACUUUACUCAAGGGACUCGUCCUUAUCGGCGGCAUUUAUGCGAUUGAGCCGCUGUUGGGGACGAGCCUCAAGGAUUGCCUCAACUUAAGCCCCGAUGAAAUAAAAUCCUAUACAUUUGCACCUUUCAACGAAUCGGAUGUUACAGAGGACAAUUUCAUAGCAUUGCGUGAUCUCAAGGUUAUUGUAACGGUUGGAGAAUGCGAUUCGCCUAUUUUUAUCGAGGAAUCGCGUCGGUAUUCAAGAAGACUGAUAAAAUUGGUUGACAAUGUUGAGUUCCUUUUCCUUAGAGGCAUCGAUCACUUCGAUAUAAUCGAAAAUUUAACCAAUAAGGAAUAUCAUUUAUCGAAAGUAUUAAUAAAAAAUCUAACCACCCGUAAUUAAUACAAUCAGACGAUUAUAAUGUAUCGUAUAAUGACAUUUUAAUACAUUACUAUUAU